GGCUCGCGCCUGCCGCUCCUGCUCGCCGCGCUCUGCUGCCUGGGCUCGGCGCGCGGGCUCUUCCUCUUCGGCCAGCCCGACUUCUCGCACAAGCGCAGCAACUGCAAGCCGAUCCCCGCCACCCUGCAGCUGUGCCACGGCAUCGAGUACCAGAAUAUGCGGCUGCCUAACCUGCUGGGCCACGAGACCAUGAAGGAGGUGCUGGAGCAGGCGGGCGCCUGGAUCCCGCUGGUCAUGAAGCAGUGCCACCCGGACACCAAGAAGUUCCUGUGCUCGCUCUUCGCCCCGGUCUGCCUCGACGACCUGGACGAGACCAUCCAGCCGUGCCGCUCGCUCUGCGCGCAGGUGAAGGGUCGCUGCGCCCCGGUUAUGUCCGCCUUUGGCUUCCCCUGGCCGGACAUGCUCCAGUGCGACCGGUUCCCCCAGGACAACGACCUCUGCAUCCCCCUCGCGAGCAGCGACCACCUCCUGCCGGCCACCGAGGAAGCUCCGAAGGUAUGUGAAGCCUGCAAAAAUAAAAACGAGGACGACAACGACAUAAUGGAGACGCUUUGUAAAAAUGACUUCGCGCUGAAAAUCAAAGUGAAGGAAAUCACCUACAUCAACAGAGACACCAAGAUCACCCUGGAGACAAAGAGCAAGACCAUUUACAAGCUGAACGGCGUGUCCGAGAGGGACCUGAAGAAGUCCGUGCUGUGGCUCAAAGACAGCUUGCAGUGCACCUGCGAGGAGCUGAAUGACAUCAACGCACCGUAUCUGGUCAUGGGACAGAAGCAGGGCGGGGAGCUGGUGAUCACGUCGGUAAAGCGGUGGCAGAAGGGGCAGAGGGAGUUCAAGCGAAUCUCCCGCAGCAUUCGCAAGUUGCAGUGCUAGGGGCCGCGUGGCUCGAGCUGGCUGGCCGGUGCCCUUCCGAAGCACAGUCCCACCGGCUCCCGCCCCGGCCUGGAGAAGCUUCUCCCGCCUUUCACAUGUGCAUCCCCAGCCUUUUCUGAGUUACGAGGCCCGUAAGAGGUCUCAGGAGUGGAUAGCUGUUUUCUCAUGAAGGGAAAACUCACCCAACUCUUGUAGAAAUCUUCAAACGAACAAAACUCUGAAUAUUGUUAGGAAGUUUUCAAGCAGCUCACGUGAAAGCUAGCAUUGAAGGCGUGCAGCUGAGACUUGGAUCUGUUGGGUUUGGGUGGUUCUGUUUGGAUGGAACCAGCUGAUCUUCACUUGACACUGAGGUUGCCGUAACACCAAAUCACCUCACUUUUCUCUGUAACCCCAACUUGGGGGUCACAAACACUGUUGAGAUAAAGCUGGCUCUUAUCUCAGCAUCUUCCUCUGCCCCAGCGUAAGACUCAGUGUCUAAGUAUUGUUGACGAUGAGUUUGUCAUUGUGCAUCCUUGUUGCAAACUUAACCGGUGGCCUGUACACGCUCGUACGUGUUUCCAGCUGCAGUGCUUCCAUUUAUAAAGAGCACAUUAACCAUUCCUCCUAGCGUGAUUUCUUUAAAUAAAAGGUAAAACAAAUACAUUUUAUAAUCAACCUGAAUACUUUAAGCCUUGUUUAAAACAUUCUUUUACUUAAUUUUUGCAAAUUAAACCAUUGUAGCUUACCUGUAAUAUACAUAGUAGUUACCUUAAAAAGUUGUACAAAUAUUGCUUUAGCCAACCUUGUAAAUAUUUCAGAUAAACAUUAUAUUCUUGUAUAUAAACUUUACAUCCUGUUUUACCUA